UACUUUGUUAGAUUUUUAGUUCUUCCUUCUCUGUUCUCUGUUAUGGGUUUUUAGUUAGUUUGACAGAGAUGGGGAAGACUAGCAAAUGGAUCAAAAGCUUCUUAUAUGGUGGUGGGAAGAAAGACAAGGAGAAGAACUGUAACAGUCAACCCACUUCCAUUUCAACUGAGAAUCCCACGACACCCAUUACAAUUCCACCCUCUACUCCUAAGGAGAAAAGAAGAUGGAGUUUCAGGAGAUCUUCAGCCACGGCUAUGGCUACAAAGGAUUUCAAUUCCACAGACACGAUUGUUCCCACCAGUGCACCAACUGAUGCACUGGUUGAUGCUGAGAAUGAACAGAAGAAGCAUGUCAUGGCUGUAGCCGCAGCUACGGCUGCAGCUGCCGAUGCAGCUGUGGCAGCAGCACAGGCUGCCGCCGCUGUUAUCCGCCUUACCAAUGCUCCUGCCCCUGCUAGAACAAUUGUUGUUGAAGAAACCGCCGCCAUCAGGAUUCAAUCUGCCUUCCGUUCUUAUCUGGCAAAGAGAGCAUUAUGUGCGUUGAGAGGAUUAGUGAAAUUGCAGGCGCUGGUGAGGGGUCACCUGGUGAGGAAACAGGCCACUGCUACCCUCCGGUGCAUGCAGGCAUUGAUUAUAGUUCAGACAAGAGCUCGAGCUCAGAGGCUCCGGAUGGCCGAGGAACCACAACCCAUUACUCAGAGACAAUCAAUUCAUAGAAAAUCCUCGCAGGACAUCCGACAGAGACAAGCAUACGGCGAGAUCGAUAGAGGCCUGGAGGAGAACAUUAAGAUCGUAGAGAUGGAUAUUGGCCAACAAAGGGGAAGCUCAAAGAGCAGGCUUAGCUAUUCUAACAACUCACAAGAACGAAUAGAUCCAAGAUUCUCUGCGUAUUAUCCAAGUAAUGGUUUGAACACGAAGCAGGAUCAAAUCCAGACCUCACCUGCUCCAUCAGCGUUAAUUGAGAUGAGCCCAAGAGCCUGCAGUGGUCAUUUUGAGGAGUAUUCCUUUGCUACAGCACAAAGCAGUCCUCAGUACUAUUCUGCCGUAUCCAAACUGGACCCAACAAGAGCUCCUUUUGCUUCCCCUCGGCAUGAAUAUGCAGACUCUGCAUCCACUGAUUACCCAUUCCAUCCACAUUACAUGGCCAACACAGAAUCAUCCAGAGCUAAAGUGCGGUCACACAGUGCACCGAAGCAACGACCUGAAUCAUAUGAGAGACAACCUAGCAGGAGAAGGCCAUCAAUGGAAGGACGUAACAUUCCUCGGGGUGUUCGGAUGCAGCGCUCAUCUUCACAUGUGGGAUCUGCUGUUAAUGGAUACCAAUAUCCAUGGUCAAUCAAGCUUGAUAGAUCCACUGUGUCACUCAAGGAUAGUGAGUGUGGUUCCACCAGUACAGUGCUGACAAAUACCAAUUACUGCAGAUCUCUUGUUCCAUAUGAGAUUCGACAUGGGUUUGCAGUUAGUUGCUGCAUUGGGUUUCAGUUAAUGGUUGGUUUCUUCAAAGUCUAAUUUUCUGUUACUUUCAUAUUUUGUGAGUGAAGCACCAAGGGUACAGAUUCUGAAAGUUCUCAUCUCUUAACCACCAAAAUAAGAUUGUUAUUUCUUUGCUAUACUGGCGGCUCAUCCCUCACCACCACUAUGACCAGAAUUUGAGACCCUUCAAAAUAGAAGAACAGUGUGGAGACAGAGGGUGAUGCAAGCUUCAACCGGAGAUUGUUCAGAUUACAGAGUAUUUGAAGUAGAUGCAGCUCAAAAUAACCUAUUGUAUUCUAUUUGGAGUUUCAAGUGUCUCAACAGGGGAAUUCAAGAACCACUUACAAAUUCCUGGUUUUUGCUUUGGGUGUCUACAAUUUUUUGUUGCUCAGCUUUAAAGAUUUUCAGGCUAGAGAAUGAUAAUGUGGCUGACAAUUGAACACAUAAAGCAUGUAAAGAUAAUUCUAAGAAUGAAAAUUCGAACUGAA